GGGCUCAAGAGCGAGCAGCAGCGGCUGUGGCACCUCUUCCAGAUCUCGGCCACCGCCGUGGCCCAGCUCUACAAGGAUUCCGGGUGCCAACAGCCAGGACUGUCUAUGUGGGACCCCUUCCAGCAUGCGGCCAUGGCCGUGACCAGCCUGUACAAAGAGAGCGGGGAUGCCUACCAACGAAGUUUUGACCUGGGCGUCCAGGUUGGCUACCAGCGUCGCAUCAAAGAUGUGCUCGAGUGGGUGAAAAAGGGCCGGAGCACCAUUCGUCGCGAAGACCUGAUCAGCUUCCUGUGUGGCAAAGUGCCCCCAGCCCCUCCCCCGCCGCGCACCCNGGUGGACGUCGACCUGCAGCCAUUCCACGAGGCCAUCGCCCUGCACGGCCUCAGUGGUGCCAUGGCCAGUAUCAGCGUGCGAUCUGGCGCGCCCGGCUCCCCGCCUCAAGACAGCGGUGUCGCCAGCAGCGGACGCCGAAAAAGUAGCUUUCUCGAGGACGACUUGAACCCUUUCGGCUCAGAAGAACGGGCCCUCCGCCUGGACGGUGGGGGGAUCCGCAAGCGCACCUCGGCCCAGUGCGGUGACAGCAUCACAGACUCCCCAACCCACAAGCGCAACCGAAUGGUCUAAACUGCCUCGUGGGUCGCCAACCACCAUAUUGCUUGUCGAAAGGAUACAGGAGAUCGGCUUGCUUUCUUCUCUAAGUUAAACAAAGAUUUCUAUCAUGUUUGCCAUUAAGAAACUUUAAAAGUACUUCGGGAGAGGCCUCGUAGAAAUUUCAGAAAUAUAAUCCUAGCCGAGAACAUCAACCAUGUAGUAGUUAGCAAGAUCAUUUAAAGCAAAAGUAUCCGGUCAAGGCGAGAGCCUGGUUUAUCUUGUCCACAGUUACAUUCUUCAGCACCUAGCACAGUUGCUGUUGCUCAAUAAAUGUUUGUUGAAUGAA